AUGCAGCAGUUCGAUCCAAAGCGGCAACCCCCGGCUGAUCCCCUCCAAAAAGCAGCCCCCACUCGUCCUCUCAAACCUUCACCUCUGCUCGCGGGUGAUUUCAACUCCCACCUUCAGACACGGCCAGCAAUGACUUCAAUUCUAAACACAAGGUUCUUGGGCCAAACCCUCGGCAGAACUGAGGACGGCGUGACCCAAUAUCUCGGUGUCAAAUAUGCCAAUCUCAAGCAUCGCCUGGCGGAUGCUGAGCUGAUCGAGAACCGCGUCGGAGAUGGCCUUGACGCAACAAAAGAUGGUCCAACCGCCGUAUCUCGCCCUUCGAGCUGGGAUCUCGAGCUCAGCACUAUUCAACACUCAUUGCCUAAGAAAGUGCUUUCUCAGUCUGACAUCGACUGCUUGAACCUGAACAUUGCCAUGCCCGCAGGAACUAGCCCUUCCUCCAAACUUCCAGUCUUUGUCUUCAUUCCCGAUGGCGGCUUCACUAUGGGAGCGAAUUCAUUGCCGCAGUAUGACCUAAAGCAUUUCGUGGCUUUAUCCGUUGAGAAGAAGCUUCCAGUCGUCGCUGUUUCAAUCAACUAUCGCUUAGGCGCUUUUGGUUUUCUGACAUCGCUGGAGCUACGGAAAGCCGGAUACCAUGGAAACAACGGGCUACGCGAUCAGCGAGUGGCUCUGAAAUGGAUAAAAAGGCAUAUCCAGGAUUUUUCCGGAGAUCCAUCCUAUGUGACGCUCGCAGGAAGAGCGUCUGUGACAUACCUCCUCGACGACGUCGAGCGGCUUUUCCAAGCCGCAGUAUUGAUGAGUGGCUCUUUCUUUCUAACCCCGCCACAGUCAGAUGAAGAGCAUGACCUCAAUUAUCUCAAAGCUAUGAAGGCACUGGACUUGAUGGAUGCCACACCAGAAGAGAGAAUUAAAGUUUUAUUGGAAAGGCCAGCCCAAGAUAUUGUAUCUCAAUUGCCGUCUUCGAUUCUGACCGCACCACGCGUCGAUGAAGAGUUAGUUCACCCAAAGCCGAGCUUUGCGGACGUCGACAACCCGGGAUCCUUUGUGCCACAAGGCAAGCUUUGGUGUCCACAUCUGAUGGUUGGCAAUGCUCAAAUGGACUCAACUAUCUUCAGACUCUUGAACCCCAGUUUAAAAACCAAUGCCGCGAAAAGAUUCACGGAUACUCUUCGCACCGUCUUAUCCGAGCACCCAAAUGAAGCAGACUACAUCUUGAAAUCCUACAACAUUACCCCUGACACCCCGGACGAACCAGCCUUUACCUCAAUCCUCGCCUACAUUAACGACAUAGCAUUCCUCGCCCCAACCUUGUGCCUUGCCCGAGGGUGGACCAAUGGCGCCUUCGUCUACUACUUCAAUGAAGGAAAUCCCUGGGACGGACCAAUAAAAGGGCACGCAACUUAUAACCUCGACGUGGCAUAUCUGUUCCAGAACUUUCGCGAGUUCCUCAGCCCAGCUCAGCAGGAAGUCGCCGCUGCGUUUGCGGAAGAUGUCUUGAAGUUCUGUUAUGCGCGGCCAGCGUGGCCUGCGGUGAAAUUUGGCGAGAUUGAAACGGGUUUCUCAGCGCGUGUGUAUGGCCCGAGUGAGCAAGGGCUGGCUGCUGGGUUGGUGCAGCAGCCUUAUGGAGUAGAGAGCACCCAGAGGGAUGUUCUGUUUAAGUGUGGGAAUGAGGUGUCGUUCGAUGAUUUGAUGGAGGUUUUUUGGGCUUUCAAGGAUAGCUCAUCUUGCUAG